CAGCAGUGGUAGUCGCUUUAGUUCUCGCGAUAUUUCUGGGUAAACGGGAACCCGGGCGACCCGGGCUUCUGUGAAACAUGGCGGUCGGCUGGGACGGAAACACAAGCAUGACUAUAUGAAAGAAUAAGGUUUUCCUGAAGAUGAGGCGACUGAAUCGGAAAAAAACCUUAAGUUUGGUGAAAGAGUUGGAUGCCUUUCCGAAGGUUCCUGAGAGCUAUGUAGAGACUUCAGCCAGUGGGGGUACAGUUUCUAUAAUAGCAUUUACCACGAUGGCUUUAUUAACCAUAAUGGAAUUUUCAGUAUAUCAAGAUACAUGGAUGAAAUAUGAAUAUGAAGUAGACAAGGAUUUUUCUAGCAAAUUGAGAAUCAAUAUAGAUAUUACUGUUGCCAUGAAGUGUCAGUAUAUUGGAGCAGAUGUAUUGGAUUUAGCAGAAACAAUGGUUGCAUCCGCAGAUGGUCUAGUUUAUGAACCAGUAAUAUUUGAUCUUUCACCACAGCAAAAAGAGUGGCAGAGGAUGCUGCAGCUGAUUCAGAGUAGACUACAAGAAGAACAUUCACUUCAAGAUGUGCUAUUUAAAAGUGCUUUUAAAAGUUCAACAGUUCUUCCAUCAAGGGAAGAUGAUUCAUCACAGCCUCCAGAUGCUUGCAGAAUUCACGGUCAUCUAUAUGUCAAUAAAGUAGCAGGGAAUUUUCACAUAACUGUGGGCAAGGCCAUUCCACAUCCCCGAGGUCAUGCACAUUUGGCAGCACUUGUCAACCACGACUCGUACAACUUUUCUCACAGAAUAGAUCACUUAUCUUUUGGAGAGCUUGUUCCAGGAAUCAUUAACCCUUUAGAUGGGACUGAAAAAAUUGCUAUAGAUCACAACCAGAUGUUCCAAUAUUUUAUUACAGUUGUGCCAACAAAACUACACACAUAUAAAAUUUCAGCAGACACCCAUCAGUUUUCCGUGACAGAAAGGGAACGUGUCAUUAACCAUGCUGCAGGCAGCCAUGGCGUCUCUGGGAUAUUUAUGAAGUACGAUCUCAGUUCUCUUAUGGUGACAGUGACUGAAGAGCAUAUGCCAUUCUGGCAGUUUUUUGUAAGACUCUGUGGUAUCAUUGGAGGAAUCUUUUCAACAACAGGCAUGUUACAUGGAAUUGGAAAAUUUAUAGUUGAAAUAAUUUGUUGUCGUUUCAGACUUGGAUCCUACAAACCCAUCAAUUCUGUCCCCUUUGAGGAUGGCCACACAGACAACCACUUACCUCUUUUAGAAAAUAAUAAACAUUAGCACCUCCCAAGUGAAGGAGAAAAACUUUUCGCCUGAGACAUAAAACCUUUUUUAAUAAUAAAAUAUUGUGCAAUAUAUUCAAAAGAAAAAAAGUGAAUGAGAAGCAGGAAUCAUACCUAUAAAAAAAGAAAAACCCAAACUGAAAUUCUAUAUAUGUUGUAUCUGUUACAAAUGUCCUAGAAGAAAGUAUGCAGCUAAUCAGUGAAUAAGCCCUACAGGAAUAUUGCUUUGAAGAUGACCCCUUCUGAUAUUUUCACAGCAGAUGGGCAGUAUCGAAAUCAGAUCUUGAAGAGCCUGAAGGAAAGGAGUCAAACCACAUCUAAAGAAAAGGCAUUAAUAGUGCUAAUGUUUGCGUCCUUUUGUUUUUAAAAUAUGAUGUCAGAAUAAAAUAUGUAAAACAUAUGGAAAACUAGUCUAGACUUUAAAAAGUUGUGAUCAGGUCACAUUGCUAAUAAAGGUAACAGGAAUGGGUUCA